AUGACAAAACUUGACCUCGUAUUGAACGCGUUCCACGAAUGUCAUCAUUGGUCUGACUGUUCGUGUUAUGCUGGUGCGAAUAACGCUCUCAACAAUGCGAAAGUGGACCGUAACAUGCGAAGUGACAAGGUGACCAUGAAUCUUCUCGCAUCGCAUAGUCAUCAACAGAAGCCUGAUUCGAGGCCUCCAACUCUUGAGAAUCAACUGAAACGUCACCCAGGAGUGCAUUUAACAGCCCUGCCUCAUCAAGAUGGCUAUUACUCGAGGCUCCAAGGAGUGACUUUGCAUCCUCGAGAAAAGCCUGUGCAAGAGGAAGACACACUCCGUAAAGCUCCUGAAUGGGUAGAACACAUUCCAACACAAUCCAAGCACAAGUUUACCAUUCGGAAUUUGGGACAAUCGGAGCAGGUGCUGCGACAGUUCUACGGAGGCGCCAAUGGUGGCAAGCCAUACGUAACGCCGAAUGCUAACAAAGUGACGUCAAAAGCAGAAAAGGACAUUUUCGACAACAAAGAAGCGAGAGAGAUUGCCGAAAGAAUCAUCAAGCAGGAGCUUAAUCGAGCCAAGGUCGCCAAAUUUGGCAGAUCUGGUGGAACAACGUUUGAGACUAAUGAAAAAAAUGCCCGUCUUACGGUUCUUAGCUUCUCGUGUAGUGAGAAGAACAAAUCUUUUCCACCGUAUUCACAGCCAACUCUUCUCGGAAAGUUCCUCAAUUGGAACGACGAGAAAAAUAUGGAGUUGUAA